GCCGCCGCGGCCUUCCGCGUGCCGCACGCCGCCGUCGCCGCGGCGGUCGCGCGUGCUCCGCCCGCGCAGCUGCUCUCGCCGGCGCUGGUGGACGAGAGGCUCGCCGCGGUCCUCCUCGCCGGCGGCUCUGGCAGCCGGAUGAAGGCGGACCGGCCAAAGCAGUUCCUCGAGCUGCUGGGCAAGCCGGUGCUGCAGUGGGACCUGGAGCUGCUGCUCUCGAUGGAGCGGCUCGAGCGGAUCGUCCUCGUCAUCGCCGAUGAGUACCGCGACCUGCCCUUCCUCCAGCCCUUCCUCUCUGACCCGCGGCUCGCGCUCGCUCUGCCGGGCGCCGAGAGGCAGAACUCGGUGGAGAACGGGCUGGCGGCCGUGGGGGAUGCGUGCACGCUGGUCGCGAUCCACGACGCCGCGCGGCCGCUCGUCACCAUCGACGCCAUCGAGCGCUGCUUCGCCGACGCGGCGCAGCACGGCGCAGCGGUGCUGGCGGUGCCCUGCAAGCCGACGAUCAAGGAGUCUGCGGACGGCGAGUUUGUGAGCCGCACUCUCGACCGCUCAAAGCUGUGGGACGUGCAGACGCCGCAGAUCCUGCGGCCGCAGAUGCUGCGCGACGGCUUCGCGAACGCAAACGCGAAUCAGCUGGCCGUGACCGACGACGUGUCGGUGGUCGAGCUGAUGGGAGAGCCAGUCAAGCUGACGGUGGGCGAGUACACCAACCUCAAGCUCACCACGCCGGAGGAUAUGAUCAUCGCAGAGACCAUCCUACGCGACCGCGGCGAGACGCACUGAGCGGCUCUCUGCGCCGCUCUCGCGUCUCGGACGUCCGUCUCGCUCGCGGUCUAAGGUAAAGGUAAACUUCACUCCAGUUCUCGGUCCCCGCCUCGUGUCCGGCCGGCGACCACUCCGGGGUCUCCGCCCACUCGCGCGCCGGCCGGGUAUGCAUCCUUUUGUUCAAAAGUUUUUAAAUGUCGGA